AUUAAUUAUCAUAAGUAAUUAAUUUCACCUGAGUAUUUAACGCUGACGCCGUCGUGACGAGUUUUUCCCUCAGAAUGCGCCGUUUAACGUUCACAUGAUUCCGCUUCGUUCUGAAUCAACGGAACGGAUUCUCACACAAAUAAAUACGCGAUGGACGUUACAGAAGCGGUUUCUCCGCAGAAGAGAUGCAAGAGUGAUGCGGUGAGCGGACACGAAGAGGUAAAGGUGCUCAGAUUCGCCAAGCUGACAGAAAACGCCACGACACCGAGCCGAGGAUCGAACCGAGCCGCGGGAUUCGACCUGUACAGUGCGUAUGACUACAGCAUCGGGCCGAUGGACAAGGCUCUGGUCAAGACGGACAUCCAGAUAGCGGUUCCACACGGAUACUACGGCCGAGUCGCUCCUCGCUCGGGUCUCGCCGUGAAGCACUUCAUCGACGUUGGCGCUGGCGUGGUGGAUGAAGACUACAGAGGGAAUCUGGGAGUCGUGCUCUUUAACUUCAACAAGGAGCCGUUUGAAGUGAAGAAGGGCGAGCGCAUCGCUCAGCUGAUCUGUGAGAGAAUCUGUUACCCGGAGCUGCAAGAGUUACAGGUAGACGCUGGCGUCGUUAACAUGCUUCCCUCGUUAGUGGCGUCUGCUGUGUUAACAUCAUGUUUUCUGUCUUAA